ACAGACAACUGGAGGCUAGGGGUUGGGGAAUGAGGGCAGCAGUGCAUGCUGGGGCCGGCUCCUUUGCUAGAGCGGGACUGAUGAAAGUACGGGUCCUCAGAGGCUGUUCGUGCUUUGGGUACCAGGCGUCUAAGGAAUACAAAUUUUUUGUAAAAAAUGGUCUUCAACAUGUGGAGGGAAAAAAAUCUAAACAUGAAGGCAUUUCGGACCACCUGCAGGCUUCUCAGAAGUUUAAAAGGGUUUUAUGUAAAGCCAAGAACCCUUGUGGGUUUCUCUACUUCCUCUUAUUCAUGUGGCCAGAAGAAAAAAAAUCCUUAUGAAGAAGCAGAUCAGGCCAAGUACUCUCGUUUAGUAAGGUCUGUCCUGUCAUCCAGAGGCCCAGCCCAGACCCCAGAAUCAUUGUUCAAAGAAGAUGAUUUACUCUAUGGACCUGUGAGUAAGCAGAAGCCUCCAGAGCCAGAGGAGAUAAGAGUUGCACGAAACUGGUUUCCCAUCUUCAAUCCACAGAGAAGUGUGAAGCCAAAUGCAAGUGUUACUUCGAGUCCUUUGAAAAUCCCUUUGCAAAGACAUUCGAUACCAAGUGUGACACAGAUCCUUCAGCAGACCAUGACAACAGAACAGAUUUUCUUUUUGGACAGGUGGAAACAGCGGAUGAUGCAGGAGCUGGGAGAACAGGGAUUUGCAGAAUAUACUUCAAACAUCUUUUUACAAGGGAAACAGUUCCAUGAAGCCUUGGAAAGCAUACUUUCACACCAGGGGAACUUAAAAGAGAGAGAUGAGCAUCUCCUCAAAUGUGGCUACAUUGAAAGUGUCCAGCAUAUUUUGAAAGAUAUCAGUGGUGUGCAAGCACUUGAAAGUGCUGUUCAGCAUGAGACUUUGAAGUAUGUAGGGCUGCUGGACUGUGUGGCUGAAUACCAGGGCAAGCUGUGUGUGAUUGACUGGAAGACAUCAGAGAAACCAAAGCCUUUUAUCCGAAACACAUACGAUAAUCCACUGCAAGUUGUGGCAUACAUAGGUGCCAUGAACCAUGACUCCAACUACGGUUUUCAGGUUCAAUGUGGCUUAAUUGUGGUGGCCUACAAAGAUGGAUCCCCUGCCCACCCUCAUUUCAUGGAUGCAGAGCUCUGUUCCCAGUACUGGGCCAAGUGGCUUCUUCGACUAGAAGAAUAUACAGAAAAGGAAAAGAACCAGGACAUCCAGAAAACAGAUUAGGGGCAGGACAUUACUUGGGAAUGUUCAGCACUUUCUGACAGUUUGGGAAGAUAUAUUGCUGUUUACUGUGUUCUCAAAGUAGUGGUGCCACCGAAUCUGAGUGCUACAUUAAGACAAAUUGAAGUAUUAAUGUGUUGGGAUGUAUUACUAUUGAUAAGCCAGAAAAAUCUAGAUAAAAAGAGCUAGAAGUCAGCUCAUGAAACACCAACUGUACUACCUCUAUUACCUACUUGAAAAGAGGCCACUCAGGAUUGGCAGACUCCUGGACUCCCUUGCAGAUUUUUUCUGUGUCUCUGGCAGGAUGCCCAGUCUUUGAAAUGUGAUCAGAAGGCAGUGAGGUUUGUUUGCCCAGCAUUUCCUUAGGGUUCUCAGGAGGGAAUGGCCAUGAGCUCCCAGAGUGUGUGUUGCCAUUGCAACACCUUCCUAAAACUUGUUUUAUACAUGAGUCUUCUGUAUUACAGCAUUUAGGGGGGGGAAGCUAAUGCUUACCAUUAAGUACAUACGUAAGCAUUUAGCCUGGAGUAAACUCAGCUCCCUAGAAAGAUGGAGCACAGUCCCACAUCAUUGGUGGUAGCCUUCACAUACCUGAUAAGCUCCAGAAGUAGCCAGGCCCAUGGGAAAGUCAACAUUAUCAGGGUUUUAGUAACUGUUUCUGAUGUCAGUCAACAGACUGUGAUAUAGAGAAAGAAAAUACUGCUUGUAGAAUUUCUCAACUAAAAGGAACACUAAUAUAAUCCAUUAAAUUUCUUCUUUGAUUAAUAGAUAUUAAAAAUUAUUGGUUGUCCUUAAGUUUGGGAAACUUAAAUUCCCCUUAUUGUACUGGCGGAAGGUUUUCUGAAAUGAGUUUGGUAGCAUUUAAGUUAUACCUGCUGGCCUAAAAGUGUAGGUUCUAGCUGGGCACGGUGACACAUGCCUUUAGUCCCAGCACUUGGGAGGCAGAGGCAGGCAGAUCUCUGGGAGAUCAAGCCCGGCCUGGUCUAUAUAGUGUGUUCCAGGCCAGCUGAGGCUACAGGGAGACCCUGUCUCAAAAAGACCAAAAAAAAAGAUUGAAGGUUCUACAAUCAUGUUUAGUUUUCUUUAGACAUAGAAAUAAAAAGAUAAUGGGGCUGGAGAGAUGGUUCAGCAGCUAAAAGUGAAUAUUGCUCUUCCAGAGGACCUGUGUUCAGUUCCUAGCACCCAUGUUAGUUACCAUUGUCCGUGACUCCCAACUCCAGGGGAACAGCGAACACCAUCUUUGGCCUCUGCAGGUAUCUGUACUCUGGUGUGCAUACCUACAUAUGGGCAUACACAUAAAUAAAUAAUUUUUUUUAAAAGAUA